UAAGCCCCACAUACACACAUCUACAGGAAGAGAAACAACCAUGGAGCCCCACAUACACACAUCUACAGGAAGAGAAACCACCAUGGAGGCCCACAUACACACAUCUACAGGAAGAGAAACCACCAUUAAGCCUCACAUACACACAUCUACAGGAAGAGAAACCACCAUUAAGCCUCACAUACACACAUCUACAGGAAGAGAAACCACAAUGGAGCCCCACAUACACACAUCUACAGGAAGAGAAACCACCAUGGAGCCCCACAUACACACAUCUACAGGAAGAGAAACCACCAUUAAGCCCCACAUACACACAUCUACAGGAAGAGAAACCACCAUGGAGCCCCACAUACACACAUCUACAGGAAGAGAAACCACCAUUAAGCCCCACAUACACACAUCUACAGGCAGAGAAACCACCAUGGAGCCCCACAUACACACAUCUACAGGAAGAGAAACCACCAUGGAGCCCCACAUACACACAUCUACAGGAAGAGAAACCACCAUUAAGCCCCACAUACACACAUCUACAGGAAGAGAAACCACCAUGGAGCCCCACAUACACACAUCUACAGGAAGAGAAACCACCAUGGAGCCCCACAUACACACAUCUACAGGAAGAGAAACCACCAUUAAGCCUCACAUACACACAUCUACAGGAAGAGAAACCACCAUUAAGCCCCACAUACACACAUCUACAGGAAGAGAAACCACUAUUAAGCCCCACAUACACACAUCUACAGGAAGAGAAACCACCAUUAAGCCUCACAUACACACAUCUACAGGAAGAGAAACCACCAUGGAGCCCCACAUACACACAUCUACAGGAAGAGAAACCACCAUUAAGCCCCACAUACACACAUCUACAGGAAGAGAAACCACAAUGGAGCCCCGCAUACACACAUCUACAGGAAGAGAAACCACCAUUAAGCCUCACAUACACACAUCUACAGGAAGAGAAACCACCAUUAAGCCUCACAUACACACAUCUACAGGAAGAGAAACCACCAUUAAGCCUCACAUACACACAUCUACAGGAAGAGAAACCACCAUGGAGCCCCACAUACACCCAUCUAUCUACAGGAAGAGAAACCACCAUGGAGCCCCACAUACACACAUCUAUCUACAGGAAGAGAAACCACCAUGGGUCAGAGCAAACAGAAUGAGAGAGAGAGAGAGAAGGACGUAAUGGAGGCUCGUGCACACACACACACAGUUCUCGGAAGACAAGACGCAUCGGACACAGUGGGAAUGGACACAGAUGGAGGGAGAGCGAAUCUGUUAUAAUGGAUGGAGCCAGAAUGGAGGCUCAUAUACACAGAGCUGGAGACAUGGCAGUGGAUGCUGAUAAUGGACAUGGAUAGGAGUGGGAGCUUGUGAUAAGAGCCGUAAUGGCAGCUCAUACCUACACACCGAAAGAAACAAUAUAAUAGUCUUGUGCAAACUGAUAAAGAGAUGCCACGCCAAUGUGAGGAUCUGUAUAAAAGUGGAUCAGGUAAUGCCAGCAGAACUCCUCUUGAACGAAACCGAUUAGUGGGGCAGCAAUGUGAACAAUCCCGAAUGUGUUUCUUUGCCGACUGAAGACUGAACCUUAUGGUCUUGCAUUUCAAAAUAACACUGCUCACACUUUUAGCAGGGUCAUACCGGGAAAAAUCAACCGGAGGUGUGGUUAGUUGAACACUCCCAGUUUGCUCAAACCUCCUGCCAACUCAAUCACCUCCCACAACUCUGGUUGAUUCCUCACAGAAUGGCCCAGCAACUUCACUGUUUGGCGGGAGCUUAGAAAGCUUCCAUUUUAUUGUGACACCAAUCUUCUAGUAGCGUAUUCACAACAGCGUGCUCUUAUAUGCCCUUAAUCUAUUAGUGCAAAGCCAAUACAUAUCGGAUCCUUUUCCACAGUGUAGUAAUCGUAGCAGGACUGAGUUUUGCCACAUUCACAAUUACACUUUAAAUCACCUUGCACACAAAAGUUCACCAUGUAAAUGUAUUUUUGUUUUUUAGCCGUGAACUGAUUUCACACUGAUCUGCCUUCGACUGUGAUGUGGACUGGGCCAAAGUGCCGAUGCCUUUCUGUUAAUUUCUUUUUUUAUUCAAUAAAGUAUAUUUAAGUAUG